UCGGCUUUCAGCCACUAAUUUCCAAAGCCAAUUUUCUCGUUUCGCCUUUCCUUCUCCCAUCUCUCUCGACGAGGCUCGCCAUCGCCGCCAUUCCCAUUCGCCUCCUCCUCCUCUUCUCCACCUCCGCAAAACCCUAGCCGCCGACCCCUCGAAUCCCCUACCAGCGCCCGAAUCCCGGCCUCAGUCGAGCUAGGGCUCGCCGAUUUCUGGCCGGGCCCGUUGAAAUUUCGGCCGGUCUUUUCGGGUGAAUCCUUCGGUUUACUCUGAGGGGAUUUUUUUGAUUUCUGCGGCGCACGAUGGGGAGCAGAAGGGAGGAGGAGAGGAACGAGAAGAUCAUCCGCGGCCUCAUGAAGCUGCCGCCCAACCGCAAGUGCAUCAAUUGCAACAGUGUGGGGCCACAAUAUGUGUGUACCAAUUUCUGGACCUUCAUUUGCCUGUCAUGUAGUGGAAUCCACCGUGAAUUCACUCACCGUGUUAAGUCGGUGUCAAUGUCCAAAUUUACUACCCAAGAAGUGCAGGCCCUUGAACAGGGAGGUAACCAGCGAGCACGUGACAUCUACCUAAAGGAUUGGGAUUGGCAACGAAUGAGGUUGCCUGCCAAUACCAAUCCAGAUAGGAUAAGGGAGUUUAUCAGGUCUGUUUAUGUGGAUAAGAAGUAUGCUGGUGGAUCCUCUAACAAACCAGCCACAGAUAGUGAGAGUAUCAAGGGCAACGGCAAUGACAUGAGAAGACCUAGCUCUUAUCAUUCGUAUUCCCAGAGCCCGCCCUAUGAUUUUCAGUAUGAAGAUAGACGAUAUGGUAAGCAAGUCGACACACUUGCUAGAAGGCCUUCAGAUAGAGCGCUCUUCGAUGGGAAACUUGGCAACUUACUAUUCAGUCCAGGUCGUUUGCGAGAGCAGAUGAAUGAAGACCGUUUUGCUAAUGAAAGUUCAGGAUCAAGGUUUUCUGACUUCUCAGCCUCAAGCACUGGUGACUUUAGAAAUGAUGUGCUUUCUCCUAGCUCUCAGGAGACAGGCUACAGCAGUCCCUCAGUCCACCAUUCAAGAAAUGUCUCUGCUGACAAUCCUCAAUCCCAGAAAUACCCUAAUGCAGCUUCGCAAAUAGAUUUCAAUGGAGUUCGGCGUUCACAGCGAACAGCUUCUUCUGGAAGUUUUGGAUCAUUUGAUGGUAGCUCAGUUUCCAACAAAUCAUUUGAAUCAGGUAACCCGCCUGAUGCACCAACAGAACAGUCAGCCCAUUGUGCUGUAAACAAUCAGACUGUGGCUUCUCCCGAGGCUUGUUCGACACAACAAUAUGCCUCGCCACCCAACAAUCACAACUUGGUACCUCAGAAACCUGCUGAUUUAGGUAGCCAAACUGCUGCCACCAGGAAACCAGUGCAACAUAGUGGCGCUCAGAUUGAAGCUGUGGUGUCAGCACAUGCUCCAGUACAGCCAAUGACUUCCACACCUCUUGACCUCUUUGACCAAUCAACUGUGCAACAGCCUGUCACAUCUGCUGCACCGAUAGAUCUGUUUGCUGGCUUUAAUGAACACUUACCAGCUUCUCAUAAUACAGAUAAUGUAUCCAGUCAUUCUGAUGUUGCUAAAGAACCUGCCCAUAGUGUUGUUCAGAAGGGCAUGGUACCAUCAGCUGAAGCACUCGCCACGUCUCAUGCUGUGCACCAAGAUUUAUUCAGUCUGUCAAUUUUGCAGGAACCAGCAACAUCCUCAUCCUCUCAGCCAAUAGAUCUAUUUGCUGACUUUGACCAACAUUUGUCACAUUUUUCUACUGUUCAGAAAAUUCCAUCAGCAGCUCCAUUGCCUGCUAAUGAUGGAUGGGCUUUCUUGGACAUGCAACAUGGAUCGUUGACAUCUGUUUCAAAUGUGCAAGGUCAGGUGCCUGCUGCAUCCCCUUCCCCUCCAUCUGAUGGUAUUGGUAAAGGAAUUGGUCAAUCAACAUUACCAACUUCGCCACCAAAUGUGAUUGGGUCACAAAGUUCUCCAGCUAUGAUGGAUAACUGGAGUUUAAAUGCUGAGGAAGUGAAGAUCCCUGUCCCCAAAGAAAAUUCUCAGUCUUGGAAUGCUUUUGGUGAAUCUACUCAGAGCACAUCAAAUAAUCUGUUCACAUUUAAUACUAUGCCUCAAGUAGAAGCUCAUCAAUUCUCUAUGCCAAGUGGUCCAUAUGUUGAAGCCAGAACUCCACAGGAUUUAGCUAGGGGUGAGCCUGAAAGGCCAACUCCUGGGGAUAUGUUUUCUGGCUUCAAUGUUUCACAUGUUGAGGUGGUUGGACCAUCGUUUCCUUCAUCACUCCAGCCCCAUUUGGGUGGCAUGGUCUCUCAUCCUGGAAAAUCAACAAACCCAUUUGACAUGGCAUUUGAAUCUGAUGUUGACGCCAAUGACAUGUUCAUGGAUUUGACCUCACUGCAAGAAACAUUACCAGAUCCUCACACUCCCACAGAUUAUUCUGGAACCUUAACAGAGCCAUGGAUUUCUCAAAAUUCCACUAUGUCAUAUAUUCCUUCUGGGCCUCAAGGAGGGUUAUCCUAUGUGGCAGGACACGACUCUCACAUGUUGAGUUCAACACAUCAAGGAGCUUUUCCACCUAGGAAUCCAUUUGAGUGAGCGCUAGUAAAGAGUGUUUUGUUGGAUAGUGGUGACAGAAGAGGAAGGCAAUCGGCACUGGUCGAAACUCAAAUGGAUAUUCAGGUGUACUAUACUAGAUGCGUUGAAAACAAAUGUGCAUCGGAUCUGAAACCCUGAGGUAAAUAUGUGUCUUGGAUUUCAUUGUCCGCGUUCUCUUGUAUAUCAGAAAGGACUGCAUAGAAGUCUACAUGGCAGGAGUGCUGGAAUUUUUGCCCGAAGGAAAAGCUUGUGUCCUAUACUCCCAUGGACUGAUGUAUCUCUGGCAGGCAGUGCGGGUCAAGCAUAAAAAAUUUAUUUCACCAUUUCAACAUUUGCCCGUGGGUUGUGUUCUUGUUAAACCCUGUUGUGAAUGAGGGUUGGCAUUUUUACAUCAAAUGACUGGUUCAUUACCCUUUUUUAUUCCUUAAAAAUAUAGUAAAAAGAUGUUCAUCAAAAGAUAAUUUCAUAUUGGUGUCAGAUGUUGUGUUGUUCAGUAAAUGGGUGUUACCUUUGUAUGUUAAAGGGGCAUGUCGACUCUCGGCAAUAUUAAUGCUCAUCAUAGUAAAAGAUAAUUAUGAUAAUAUCUUUAUUUACCCA